ACUGCUUCGGAUUGUUCAGUAGGUGCGUGCUGCUACAGGGCUUCGCACACCAGAAAGAGGAGGCAGCCCUCACUGGCCAUCCACCAUGGUGUUAUGGUUCUAGUCCAAAGCUCUGAGGUGAUGCCGGCUGAGGUAGAUACCGUUUCAUGCCCUUAGGCCCUGUGUACUUGGGUGACACAGUGAGCAGGACAGCUGCAUCCCUCCUCUGACCUUUAUAAUAAUAAAAAUGAUGUGGGGGAAACUGAGGUUUGCCAAGCAUUCUGAUAUGAGAGGCUGCUUCCAUCCAUCCAUCGUGCCAGCUCACCCAGUACAGGAUCUGAGGUGGGGACUCUGGGCAGGAUGCCAGUCCAUCACAGGGCACAGUCACUCAUUUAGGGCCAUUUAGAUGUACCAAUUCACUUAACCUGUGUGGUUUUUGCACGUAAGAAUGAAAUCCAUUGAAACAGGCAAAAAGUACAAAAUUCAGACAAUUUGGGGGAUUUGAACCUAUACCCUGAUGGUGUGAGGUUUCAGUGCUGCUAUUUUCAUUACUUAUACAUGACUUUGAUAAUAAUGUGCUUAACACAACCAACUGAUAACAAUCCAAGUAAUCCAGUUUCACCGUGUAUAUCCCUGUGAUUAAGCAGAGCCCGGGCAGCCUACAGCAGCUACUGGCCUGUCACAGAGCACAUCUUAAGCUAUCAGGUCGCAUCAUGUAUCUGCAGAAACGUUCAGGAACGUGUACGUGUGAGUUCCACACAAAGGAGGUGCCUGAUGCGGGACCGGGCAGCGGUAACGUUACUUUCAAAGGCGGGUUUAUAGCAACGUGUGAAGAACUAAAGCUGCAAAUACUGUAAAAUCUACUGUAUGCCGGGGUGGCGAGCCCUGGCGGUGCAGCAUUUACUCUACACGGCGUGAUCAGUACUGACAUUAGUCCUAUAUUUAGUAAUAGUCACGUUUGCGAAGGCAUCGCACGCCCGGUGUUAUAAAGCAGUCGCUUGCAAGGCGGACCGGCCCCAUGCUGCCCCGUGGAGGGAAGAGACGGGGCGGCGGAUGCGGCUCCCAGCCAUGACAUCACCGUCCCUGACGAGGGGCUGAGAUACGGGGGAAAUGAGCGCAGUGCCCGGGGAGCAGGAAGCACGGCUCGUCGGCGCUAAUCAAAGCCCCUUAACGCGCGUCCCGGCGUCGGGGUUGAGCCUCUUUUUGUCUCAUUUUUCUGCAGUCCCCGGCGACUAAUGAGGGCAACAGACACAAGCUGCCCCGGCUGGACACACCACCGGCUUCCUGACCUGAGGAGACCCAGCCCUGCAGAAAAGAGCCAUUCAGGGGCUUCGAGACUUAUCUGGGACGCAGUUUGGGAGCCAAUCCCGGCCUGAGGCUUCAGACACGUGGCCUGUCCUGAUUCUUCAUGCUUCAAGUGGACAGGGAGCAGCCUGAUAAAAGACGGGGUGACCUCUCCACUGUCCUCUGGCCCCCCCCCAGCCGUCCUCUCAGCCAGCCAACAAGGGAUCUUCCUGUCCCCUGAUGUCACCUUGCGAAUACUGCUCUCUCCUUAGCUCGCAAUGUCUGAAGAGACCAAAAUGUGCGAUGAGUCCUUUGGGUCAGAAGAGGGCGACGCUGAGCCACUUCUGGAGGAGGGGGAGAACACCAGGGAGCUGCUAGGGAGGCUCAGGGAGCUGGAGGCAGAGAACUCCACUCUCACUCUCGCCAAUGAGAGUCAGAGGGAGGCAUAUGAACGCUGUCUGGAUGAGGUGGCCAAUCACGUGGUUCAAGCUCUGCUCAACCAAAAGGACUUGCGGGAGGAGUGCAUCAAGCUGAAGGUGAGGGUGUUCGACCUGGAGAGGCAGAACCGGGCCCUGAGUGAACUUCUGAACCAGAAGCUCCAUAGCGAACUCAGCCCCCACCAGCAGGCAUCUUCUGUACCUCAGCUGGAGCCUGGUCCUGACCCACUCCUGACUGGUACUAACAGGCAGCCAGAAUCUCAACAUGAAACAGCAAGCAAGAGUGAUGGGGAUCACACGAGGGGCAAUACCCCAGGCACACAGGGACGGGCUGUUUCCAUGGAGGCUCUGUCCCCUUUCUUCAAGAAGAAAGCCCACAUUCUGGAAGUGCUGCGUCGGCUGGAGGAGACCGACCCUCUGAAAUUCCACCCAGGCGGGGGUCUCCCAUCCUGCUGCCAUUUCACACCGGCUUUGGUACCAGCCGGGGCCGCCAUCGCGUCACACUUGUGUCUGGACGCCAAUGCGUCAGCUGUGAUGAAUGGCGAAGGCCACGGGACUCCACAUGAGAGCUGCCAGUCCUGCUUGAUGCUCGCCCAGAGGAAUAUGGACGUUGGAUCUAAGGUCCACCGAGUUAGUGGUACUUCACAACCCAGAGCAGAGGAACGACUUGAUGACCAAGGGGACUCGGGUUCCCAAGCCGCCGGCCCUCCUUCUGGCAGCACAACCAAACCAUGCAUGCACAGCACACCUGCGGAGGAAUCCGGGUUAUCCACGGACCCCUCACACACCAUCAGUACCGAUGCUUACCUCUAUUCCAUUAUUAAAGACACUGCUCAGAAACAGCCUUCCAGUGAAAGACCAGAGGGAGGGGAGCCUCGUGAAGAGAGAUACUGUGACAAGCACUCGGGUGUAGUCCUAAGCAUGCCGUGUACAUCACAAGCCAAUGAACUGGACUCUCUGCCCCUGAAGCACAUAGGCGCAGUAGCCAUCCAGAGCUUGGCUACAGGACAGAUCGCGGAAGGGUACUGCUUCAAACUGGCCAGUGAAGUAGCAAAGGUGAAGAACUACUUGUACACCUCUACCUCAUACCAGCCAGUCCCUGGUGUGAUAGACCACCAGGCCAGGAUGCAAAUCUGCAAUAGACUGCACCUCGCAUCCAAUGAGGACCCAAGUCUUAAAAAUCUGGCGGUGGCUGAUUAUGGCCCCGUCCCUGGCAACAGCACAGUGCAGCAACCGUCCCCUGGGAAGGUCAGCGUUGCACUCGGGCCCACAUCCAUUUCAUGCCUUAGCGAGGCUAAGGCCUCCCCGAUCUCCUCCCCCUCCAGGCUGCUCAGGUUCCUAAAAAUCCCUUCAAUGGGAGAGCGGGCGCAAGUGGCGAGUCCCCUACGACUGAGCCCCCAGCUCACCCGCAGCUCCAAAAUACCCUGCCGGAACAACACCUAUGAGAUUUACCACUCUGCAGUUGGGUCCCGGCAAGCUACCAGCACAGAGAGGGAAACACAGUCGUCUUCCUCAAAGACUAAUACGUACCCCGCUACGCAUUCUGCACCCGCUUCCCCUCCCAAGGAUGUCUGUCUGUCUGUGGCUAAGAAUUAUGUUUUCAACAGUCACUCCACACCAAAAUCCAGCUGCAGUACCAAGCUGAAACCAGGACAGAGGAACAUCCAGAAGGAGCCCCACUACGAGAACGUAUCCGGCCUUUCAGCUGCAGGGGUACCGCAGCACCUUGAAAGGAUGAACAUUUCUCACUUCCCUCCCUACCCUGGCCCCUUGGAUGCUCCGGACAGACAGCCGAGCUCCAGCACAGAAUCGUCCUCGAGCCUCCAGUCAUCGGGCCGAGACACUUAUGCAGAGAGUGCGCUCUGGUGCCAGGCACAGAGCCACCACAGUCUGCCCAACUCCUUGGUUUUUCAGAAAGCCCAGAGUGGAUGCGUUUUCUCCAGUGUGAGGGAGAAAACACCAGACAGAUAUGCUCCAUGGGGCCCCGAUGUCAUCCAGGCUAGUGAUAGCCCUAAGAGAGGGGAUAGUCCUUCCGUUUCGAAGAAGCAAAUGGUAGGGAAAUCCGAGGGAGAUUCCAGCCAUCUUCCAUUCAAGGAGCGCUUAGCCGCACUCGGCAAGCUAAGGAGCACUGACGACUUGCAGGUAAAUCCACGUGCAGUGGACAGGAGGCAUGCACGGUGCAGUAGCGGCAGAGUCUCUGGGGCGAGCAUUAACGAGAAAAGCAGGACGGCUGAAAGGCAGGGUGACCGCACUCCAUCGGAACACAAGCACACCAAGUACUCAGGUUCCCUAGAUGGAAAGUCUUACCCUAAAGCCAAUCUCAGUAGCUAUGCUUUGAAGUCCCCAGGCUCCUGCCUGCCUUGUGAACCAGGAGCCAAGUCACUGCCAUUGGGCUCUGUAACUACCAAGACUGAGAUUGAGAUGUCCUCCUCCAGAGUUCAUGCAACUAAGAUCAAGGCUGGCAUGCCGUCAUCCAGCACAGAACCCCCUCACGUUCUGCGUAACUAUGUGAAGUGCGUACCUUCCCACAGUACCAGAACUACUCCUAGCCCUCAGAGCAGCCCUGCAAAGGUCUCAGCAAGGUCCCCCUCCAGACCUGGCCAGGCUUCCUCCUAUCCUCGAGGGAGCAAGCCUGCCCAUGAUGAUCGUGGCCCUUCACAAAGGCAGCCAUCACGGCCAGAAGACAGAGGCAAGCUAACUGGUAGUAAGAAAAGGAGUGCCAUCUACGCUGAAAGCCACCCGGCCUCACCUGCAAGGCCGUAUGUUCCUGGACCUCGAUCUGCCAUUGAGCAGAAAGUCAUGAAGGGGAUUGAGGAGAACAUGCUGAAGUUGCAGGAGCAGGACCGAGGGCAGGGCGCCGAGGCCAAGCAGAAGGCCUCCAAUGGCAUUGCCAGCUGGUUCGGCCUGAGGAAGAGCAAGUUGCCGGCGCUCAGCCGCAAACCUGACACAUCCAAACCCAAGGAGGACAGGAAGGAGGGGAAGCUCAGUGCGUCCUCCUUGGGAAAGGAUCCCAAAGCAGCCACCAAGAAGAAGCUGGAGGUGGAGAGCCUGAAUAUCUCCAAGCUGAUGGAGAAGGCAGAGGACCUGCGGCGGGCCCUGGAGGAGGAGCGCGCUCUCAUGAAUGGGGUGGCCCUGGACCGUCCAGGGAGGGGCCACUCUUGUGAGGUAGUGAUGGACCAGGCUCAGGGGCAGCUAUCAGUCAUGUAUAGGGGGGUGACUUCUGACAACUUCAUGCAGCAGUUGCUGAACAGGGUGGAUGAGCGGGACACAAGCCACUUUGGUCUGGCACACCGCCGCCUCUCUUUUGACUCCAAGAAGUCCAGACCCCUUUUUAUCCACCACAGAAGUGGCGGCAUUCCUCACACCAAGAGUAAUGAAGACAUGGAGAAGGGCUCGGGCAUGGUGAGAAAGGGUGAAAUUACAUCAGAGGAGAGCCUGGCUGAAUCUGUCACCUCCCAGCACUUUGCAGGCUCCGCUGCCUCCACACACACGCUGGACAGCGGCAUUGGCACCUUCCCUCUACCCAACUAUACCGGCAGUGCGCUGGGCAUCCCGAGGCUGAAGCCACAUCAGGAACGAGACACAUCCGCGUGCUGCGGGCGGCCAGGGACCAAGGCGUCCCGCCGGACCCGGACUCUGGAGAGAGAGCUGUCGGCUUUGGAGGAGGCACCCCCGAGGGAUGCAGAACAGAACACACCCACGCUCUAUGCUGCCGCCCUGGAGGAAAAGGCCACCGCUGCAGCCCUGUCCUGCACCAUCUCAGGAGAUGACAGUACCGACGACGCCUUUGGGGCGCAGAUGGCCUCUUUACCCUCUAAGAACUGGACCUUUCCCAGCGUGAAAGCACCUGCGGGCCAAGCAGAGGUGUACCUGGGUGUUGGGGAGGAGGUGCAGCUGGCCAGCCAUGGGAGUCCCUUCAGACAGAUUCUGAAGCCCUCUGGCCCACCAGCCCCCACUGAAGCUGAGUCACAGAGCCUUUCACUACCUCCUCAGCAGGCACAGGGCCGCCGGGCCAAAGGUCGAGCUCCCAGCAGCCCUGAGGUGGCCAAGGAGGUGGGGCUGGAGUUGGCGAAUGAGCGCCCAGACGGCGUGACGUCUGCAAGCCAGCCCCAGGUGCUGGAGACCCCGGAGUCGCUGAGCGACUCGCUGUACGACAGCCUUUCCUCCUGCGGCAGUCAGGGUUAAGGGGUUGAGUCACACAUGUAAUCCCGCCCUCAGAAGGGGGCGGAGCUGAGUCCACAGCCUCUCUCCAGUUUCUGCUGGACAGUGGACAUGAUCACCGUUCCUCAGGGUCCGACCAAACAGCAGAUACCGCAGAUAUCUGAAGAGGACUGAGCAGAUAAACAACCUGAACCCACUUCUGAAGCUCUUCCACAAAGAUAGACCCAGAGACCGUUCAGUGGGGCCUCCAGUAAGCACCACACUGCUCAAGGUGGAACUCCUCAGAAAACUGGGAGGAUUUCAGUCUUUGGAGACCAAGAUCAUGUCAAAUUAAAUAGUCCCAGCCAUGAAAGCCACAUUCUUAUCCCCACUUAAGAUUCCUUUUUUAGUUUAAUUUUAAUUGGUAGAUAAACAUUAUUUAAAUUGAUGCUUCUCUUAAGUUUUAUAUUGGUUCUGAUGUGAAUAUUGUUGGCAUAUCUGUUUCCUCAUGAUUGCUUUUUUUAUUGUACCGGCAGAACUCGCGGCAGCGUCUGUGCGCGAGCCAGACAUGACCCUCUGUGUUAGGGACAGAAAGUUAUUUAAAAUUGCAGUUCAAGUUGGCAAUAAAUUUGUGAGCCGAAACAGGUGGAGCUGAGAGCAGAA